CACGGGAAGUGUUUUGAACCUCUUACUAGAAACUAUCUAAAAGCCUCGCGUCUGGCAUGUGUGUUUGUUUAUAAAUUGCCUCUUUAGGCUCUCGCGUUACUUUCAUUCUGCAAAAUUUGACACACAGUUAAUGGCGAAUGGAACAGAGCAGAAACAAAACUCUCAAACCAUACUAGAGACGAAGCUUGAUAUCCGCGAUGUGGUCACCACAGCCACCACUUACGGUGAGGAUAACCGUCACGGAGGGAGACGCAACGACGUGGCAAUGGUUGUGUUAAGAGCCAUGUGCAUGGCUGCAUCGGCGGUGGCUGUGUCGUUGAUGCUGACAGCCCGUGAGACUAGCAUGACCACUCUCUACGGCUUCGAGUUUCAGCUCCACGCCGUUUGGUCUCUCUCAGAUUCCCUAAUAUAUCUAGUGGUGGUUUCGUCGGCGACGGGUCUUUACUCGUUGCUCCAACUGGUUAUAAGUGGAACCAGGUUGAUGAGAAAAUCUCCGGUGAUUCCGACAAGAACACAAGCAUGGUUUUGCCUCGUUGCAGAUCAGAUGUCGGGAUAUGCGAUGGUGAGUGGAGGAUCCGCAGCUUUAGGAGUGACGAAUAUUAACAGAACAGGAAUCAGACACAUGCCUCUUCCUAAUUUCUGCAAAUCUCUCGGUUUGUUUUGUGACCAUCUCGCUGUCUCCGUCGUAUUCGCCUUGCUCGCGUUUCUCCUCCUCGCCGCGUCCUCUGUUCUCGACGUUCUCCGUCUCUCACGCGACCGCUGAAAUGAUAAUUACUGUUUUAGCCUUUUGUGCUUUUUUUUUGGUUUUCCUACGUCUCAUGUUUGUUGUUAUGGGUGAUUUUUGGGAUUUGUUUGUUUCAAUCGAUGUCACAGCGAAUCUUCGAAUUCCAAAGUUUUGAA